AUGACGGACAUCACCAAGAUGUUCCGCCAGAUUAGAGUUCACAAGGAUGACUGGGCCCUGCAGCAGAUUCUAUGGACCGACUCACGUGGAGAACUAGUCACGUAUCAACUGACAACAGUCACAUACGGCACGAGAUCAGCUCCGUUUCUCGCAAACCGUGUUCUUCUUCAGCUGGCUGAGGAUGAAGGACAUCGGUUCCCUUUGGCCGUCUCGCCUAUCGUGAAAGGAAGAUACGUUGAUGACAUCUGUGGAGGUGCGGACACGGAUGACCAACUCGUUAGGACCGCGCAAGAAGUUCGUGAUCUCUGCGCUGCUGGAGGAAUGCCUCUGGCAAAAUGGCAUAGUAAUAGUCCAGCGCUACUCCAGUGGCUCGCUCCUGAUAGUGCCUCCAAUGACCAGCGAGUUUAUGAGGAUUCGGAGACCCGGAUUCUUGGCUUGUCGUGGCAGCCCAGCUCGGAUAACUUCGUCUUCUCAAGUCGGACCAGCGAUGAAUCGAAGGUUUCUAAGAGGAAUAUCCUCUCAGAGAUCGCUCAGAUCUAUGACCCACUCGGAUUUCUAUCUCCUGUCGUGAUCAGAGGGAAACUGCUCAUGCAGGAGACCUGGAUUGGAAAGCUCGGUUGGGAUGAGGAAGUCCCAGAACAAGUUGCCCAGCGUUGGAAAAGUUUUCGAAAUGAUCUCACUCUGCUCUCGAAGUUAUCCGUUCCAAGAUGGUUAGGCCUUCUCCAGAACUCGUCGAUUGAAAUCCAUGGAUUUUCAGAUGCUUCUGUUCUCGCGAUGUCAGCCGUAGUCUAUCUCAGAAUCGUUAAUGGAGAUAAUGAGCCUCGGAUUUCUUUGGUCUGCGCUAAAACGAAAGUAGCUCCUCUCAAACGGCUGACAAUCCCAAGGCUAGAGCUCACAGCUGCGGUUAUGCUUGCCAAACUCGUAAAGUACGUGAAAGGAGAGCUCGAUCUCUCGAACACGCCGACGUUUUUAUGGACCGACUCCUCAGUUGCGCUUACGUGGAUCAACUCGCAUCCAUCCAGAUGGAAAGAGUUCGUGAGAAAUCGUGUCCAACUCAUACAAGAGACCUCACGAGCUCAAUGGAAACUCGUUCCUGGCAAGGAAAACCCAGCUGACUGCGCAUUUCGUGGACUAACGACAGCGCAGCUCUCUGCACAUGAACUCUGGUGGUACGGACCACCGUGGCUCAUGAAAAGUUCAUCGUCGUGGCCAUCUCUAGAGCUUGCUUCAGUGACAUCAGCAGAUCUUGAAGAGAAACCUGGUGUCGUUCUGAACGUGAAGGUCUAG